ACAGAUGGCAAAUUUGGAUAGAUGCGUAACAUAAACCUUGCAUCAGCCUUGCAUUUAACCGGUCUGACUCUUAACACACUUCGCACUAACUCUUAUCGCACUUCGCAGUAGGCUGUAAACCAAAGACAUAAAUAUACUCGAUCCUCUUUGUUGUAAACUAACGGCCUUGAUGCAACAAUGUCAUAAUGAAAACUUCUUUGUAGAGAAAUAGGCAAAGAUAAUAGAAUUUCAUAUUUUAGGAUAAUCUAGGUGACUCAGAAAUUGACGUAGGUGUCUUACCAUUAUGACAUUAAGGUCUAUUUUACUAUCGGUCAAUCUUAUUUAUAAGAGCUAUGGAAUGUCAUUUAUUGACAGUUAAGUAAAACUGUCAGCAUUUUUUUGUAAACACGGUUUUCUUAUAAAUAAUCAGAAUCAUGUUAUUUCGACACAUUUUACGCAACAAAUUAUACACAAGUCCAAUGGUGUUGAGUAAGAGGAACUACGAAAUCCCCCCUGAUCUGUUAGAAGUGGGCCAGGCCAAAGACCCUAGCUUCUAUAGGAUGGUGGAGUAUUUCUACCACUACGCCGUGAAGGUUGUCGAACCGGCUCUAAACGAGUACCUAAAGAAACACCCACAACUUUCUGAGAAGAAACGAAAGCAACGAGUGGCCGGUAUUUUAAAGGUGAUGGGUUCGUGCAACAGCUCACUCCAAUUCGAGUUUCCACUGCAACGCAAAAAUGGAGACUACGAGAUCGUAAAGGCUUAUCGCUCGCAGCACAGUGUCCACCGCUUGCCUUGCAAAGGAGGGAUCCGAUUCUCGGAUGAGGUUAAUUUAGAAGAGGUGAAAGCCCUGGCAGCGCUAAUGACAUAUAAAUGCGCAUGUUCCAGUAUACCAUUUGGAGGAGCAAAAGGAGGAGUGAGUAUCAAUCCGAAGUGUUAUUCGAUAGCCGAGUUGCAGAGGAUUACCCGACGAUACACAUUGGAGUUGGCCAAGAAGAACUACAUAGGCGCUGGUGUGGAUGUUCCCGCUCCUGAUGUUAACACAUCCGGGAGAGAGAUGUCCUGGAUCGUUGAUACUUAUGUCAAAACGUUGGGCUACAGAGAUAUAAACGCGGCCGCCUGCGUGACGGGCAAGCCGAUCAAUGGCGGCGGCAUCCACGGGCGCGUCGAGGCGACGGGCCGUGGCGUGUUCAUGACCAUCAGCCACUUCAUACACGACGAGGCUUGGAUGCAGCUCAUUGGCAUUCCGCCUGGGUUCAAGGAUAAAACUGCGAUUAUACAAGGCUUCGGAAAUGUGGGAAGCUACGCAGCGGUAUACCUCCACGAGCAAGGGGUCAAGAUCAUAGGGGUUGUGGAGGUCGACUGCAAUCUGACGAAGCCUGAGGGUAUAGAUCCUAUGGAGCUGAUAAAAUAUAAGAAGAGCAACCGGGGCAGCGCGAAAGGCUUCCCUGGCGCGCAGAAAGGGGACGAAGACCUGCUGUACCAAAAGUGCGACAUUCUCGUACUAGCCGCGUUAGAGAAGACCAUUACUCAGGAAAACGCCGCCAAGCUGCAAUGCCGGUUGAUCGGCGAAGGUGCGAACGGACCGACUACGCCGGCUGCCGACGUAAUACUUCGCGAGAAGAAAGUACUCGUGCUGCCCGACCUCUUAGCCAACGCUGGAGGCGUCACAGUCUCCUACUUUGAAUUCCUCAAGAACAUCAACCACGUCAGCUACGGGAAGCUCAGCAUCAAAUUCUGGAAGGACUCCAAUACGGCGCUUUUAGAUUCCGUUGAGCAAUCGCUGAAGAAAGCUGACAUCAAGGCAACGAUCGAGCCAACGCCGAUGUUCCAGGCCAUGAUAUGCGGUGCCAACGAGGAGUUGCUCGUCAACUCGGGACUCGAGUACUCGAUGACGAAGGCCUGCAAUAAUGUGAUGCGCGCGGCAAAACAGUACGACCUCGGUUUGGAUGUGCGCACGGCGGCCUACGUCACUGCCAUCGAGCGGAUCUUCCUGACAUACGACGAGCAAGGCCUCACCAUUUAACUCAGCUCAUUACCGGUCAUUACAUAUUACUAAUAAACAGGGCUGGUAACUUUCAUGCCGAUGACAUCAAUUUGACGUCACGCUGCAUAUAAGAUAAUUUAAAUAGUUUUAUUGUAAUAAUUAAUCAUUAUUCAUUAAUCAAUUUAAUCAUGUCCAAUG